UUUUUUUCAUCCUCUUUGCUGAAAACACAGAGCCACUGGUAAAAAAAAAAUUGCAGAUGAUUUCUCUUGGUGCAGAUGCAGCGCAGCACAGCCUAGGAAGCAGAAACCGAACGCACAGCACCUCUUUUGUUUUCUAUUGCUUUCUGCAGCAAAGGACACAUCCUUUUUUUUUUUAGCUGCAGAUAAAAAGAGCGCUAUCUUGUUAGCAUAAAGGCACACCAGACAUUAAGCUCUUCUUUGUAGGCGGAUAACUUCUUAGAUAAAGGACCACAGGCUUAAGAAGUCUUUCUUUCCAUGGCACUCCGGUCAAAACAUCUAGAUGGAAAUCUCUGCCUUGGGGAUCUGUGCUGAUCAGUAGAGGGCUGGGAUUUGUGUAUUUGAUUGUAGCUGAGUACUCUACAGUUAUAAGUUAUCUGCAGAAAACCAUAGCAAGACCUCAGGACUAAGCGACUGUUUUUUUACAGUCCUGAAGGAGAUUCACUGAGGUGCAGCUUUGCUACUGUUUGUUUGAUUACUGGAACUUCAUUAUGCUGGUGCAGUCAAUGCACUUUAGAAAGCUGCACUAAGUGCAUGGUGAUUUAACAAAAAACUGAAGGAAAAGAGAAUACAUUUUGUGAUUGCAGUAUAUUCUGGUUUCCCGUGAAUGCAGGAGUGUCCUGUUCUGUACUGCAUCACUCACUGGUUCUGUCACUUGCACUGAGCUGUAAAGAGCACACAGUGGAUACCUCUCUUCUGAUGCUCCAUUGACAUCAUUCUGGAAUAACCUCGCCCCCCCCCCCCCAAAAAAAAAGAAAAGAGACAGCCUGUGAAUCCCAGUGUAUUGAAUUGAGUAGUGUUUCUCUUAGAGGGAGAGGAAGACGUUGGUAGUGUGUUUAGUCAAGAAUUGUGUUAUUUAACUGAAGUUUAACUGAUAAAGCCAUGCAGGUCUCCAUCGCUUGUACAGAUCACAACUUAAAGGGUCGGAAUGGAGACGACCGGCACAACAAGCAAAAUGCCACCAGCCCCAACGUGGUGAAUGCAGCCAGGGCUAAAUUCCGAACAGUGGCUAUUAUUGCAAGAAGUUUUGGAACAUUCGCUCCGAAGAAUCACAUUUCUCUAAAGGAAUCGACUGCAAAGCUGACAGGAAUGAAAUAUAGGAAUCUGGGGAAAUCAGGACUUAGAGUAUCGUGUUUGGGUCUCGGAACUUGGGUUACAUUUGGAGGUCAGAUUUCAGACGAGGUGGCCGAACAGCUAAUGACAAUCGCGUAUGAAAACGGAGUCAAUCUUUUUGAUACAGCGGAGGUCUAUGCGGCUGGCAAAGCUGAGGUCAUAUUGGGGAAUAUCAUCAAGAAAAAAGGUUGGAGGAGGUCAAGUCUUGUGAUAACAACCAAGCUGUACUGGGGAGGAAAAGCAGAAACAGAAAGAGGUCUUUCCAGAAAACACAUUAUUGAAGGGUUAAAGGGCUCCCUCCAGAGACUGCAGCUCGAGUAUGUGGAUGUUGUCUUUGCAAAUCGACCAGACAAUAAUACCCCAAUGGAAGAGAUCGUCAGGGCAAUGACAUACGUGAUUAACCAGGGAAUGGCCAUGUACUGGGGAACAUCCCGAUGGACUGCAAUGGAGAUCAUGGAGGCCUACUCAGUGGCAAGGCAGUUCAAUAUGAUCCCGCCAGUGUGUGAACAGGCUGAGUAUCACCUUUUCCAAAGAGAGAAGGUCGAGGUACAGCUUCCAGAGCUCUACCACAAAAUAGGUGUUGGCGCAAUGACCUGGUCUCCUCUAGCCUGUGGGAUCAUCACUGGGAAGUAUGAAAAUGGAGUUCCCGAGACUUCCAGGGCUUCUAUUAAGUCCUACCAGUGGUUGAAAGAUAAAAUUUUAAGUGAUGAUGGCAGGAAACAGCAAGCUAAACUAAAGGAGCUUUCACUGAUAGCAGAACGACUUGGAUGCACAUUACCCCAGUUGGCAGUAGCCUGGUGUCUCCGUAAUGAGGGUGUAAGCUCUGUCCUUCUGGGAACAUCCAAUCCAGAACAGCUUACAGAAAACCUUGGGGCUAUACAGGUACUUCCAAAGAUGACCUCUCACAUUGUAGGUGAUAUUGAUCAUAUAUUGGGGAACAAACCAUACACCAAGAAGGACUACAGAUCCUAAAGUGAGGGAAUGAUGGCUGAUUAAAAAAAACAAAAGUACCCAAAUCUACACCACCUGAUCAAUAUCUGAUCAUCGCAACUCCCAGCUAUCCUGUGCUCAGUCUGUAAAAUACUGGGCUCCUAUAGGUGCAUGCUGUCUCUAAAAUAAGUGUGCCUAAAUUAUAAAAAGCACAUUUCAAAAGAAAAAAAAAAAAAUCUAGACAAGGUUAUUCUUGUAUUUUCUAAAAUCUAUAAACUCCUUAUACUGCAGUCCGCUUCUUUUCAUGCUCAUGCAAUGUAAAGAUAUUUAAUAACAGCAGAAAGGUUUCUUUGCUUGUGCAUACUUUAUCUAUGAAAAUAAUAUUUCCCUAGACGCUAUGGUAGUAUUAGACACACCUGGUUUGAGGAUGUUAAGAAAACAGUGAAUCUGCUUUCCUGGCAGUAGAGGGAACAUUGAUAUACAGAUUGCUUCCCCCAAUGCAGCAUUGUUAUUGCAGAAUAGAAGUUACAAUCAGGGAUAAAAUGGCAAUGAUAGAAGACAAUGGAAUAAAUUCAGUAAGCCUUCCAUCUACUGCAGCAAGCUAGGUACAUCACAGAUGCAGACAAUCCAUAUGAAAAACCAUGUCAUUUUAAUUCUAUUAAUACUACGACUACUAAUAAUGUGUUUUGAUACAGAAGAUGAUACCGACCCUAUGUUUACCCUGUGUAGAUCAGAAAUCUGCCUUGUUCUCGUUCUAGUACGGUCUGCCUGCAAGCUGCAGUACGCAUUAUUACUGCAACAGUGAGAUUGUAUCAGAAGCAUCGAUAUUAAGAACCCAAAGAUCAAUUUUACACAAAUGUAUGAAUAAUGCUUGUUUUUGGGCUUUAGGUUAAGCAGUACUGCAUGUUGAGGUAUGUAGACUUCCUGCAAAAAUUAUUUAAGGUUAGAAUUAUUUUGAAUUUACUUCACUUAAAGGAUAAUUAAACAGUAUUUAUCAUGUACCAUACAGUAGAAAUAUAAUUGUAUAUAAACUUUGUUCUGUAAUUCAUACAGCAGCACAUAGAGCAAAAGUGGAUUUAAAGCGUUAGAGCACCCUGCUGUUUAAAUGAUUAUUUUUAACCUUUACUGUAUCCUGUGUUGUCACAUGCUUGGGUUAAAGUCGAGACCCGUAUUCCCUCCUGAUUUCCAUGACGUGUGAAACAAAAUUAUAACAGCAAUCAAGAUUGUUGAAAUAAUGUGUCUCUGUGAUAGGGACAACAUUGCUACAGCAAAGAUAAAAAAUGCAUUUCCUGUAAACACUGCAGGAUGUUCUGUAACACAUUAACACUUUGUAUUUGAAUACCUAGUAUUUGUUUUUUGACCAUUUUCUUUUUCCAUCUCUUGUUGACUUGUGCUCACUUAAAUACUUUAGCCAUAAUCAUUACCAUAUUUGAAAAAAAUUCUUAUCUAAAAAUGUCAAUGGUUUUUACACAUUUCAUAGAAAUAGGAUUUACUACCUUUUGGAUUUUUUGCUCAUACAUACAGUUAAAUAUUUUGGUACUUUCAGCCUACUAUAUAGAGUGCCUUGAUUGAAAACUAUUUUUUAUGCCAGCAUAAAUGAACGCUCUGUGGCAAGGUAGCUGAUCUGGUUUCAACCAGACAGGCGAUGCAAAGGAGUGUUAAAUGUUGACACUGUUCCUGUUUUUUACAAUACGUAAAAAUAGUACGAUGGUAAGCAAGUCAUUUAUGUGCGGUGUUUCUUCAAACACUGUUUCAGGUCUUUUCUUUAACUGCAACACGUAUUCCAUUAAUAUAUUCAAAUAAAAUGAGUGCUAGCCUGCUGUCAAACUGUAUAUAUAUUUGAGCUGGAUUGAAAUAAAGAAAUGCACAAUGAUAA